AUGUCUCACUGCAAGUACGAGCACCCCCGUCACGGUUCGCUGGGUUUCCUGCCCCGCAAGCGUGCCGCCAGGCACCGCGGAAAGGUUAAGGCCUUCCCCAAGGACGACCCCAAGAAGCCCGUCCACCUGACCGCCAUGCUCGGCUACAAGGCCGGCAUGACCCACAUUGUCCGUGACCUUGACCGCCCCGGUUCCAAGAUGCACAAGAAGGAGAUUGUCGAGGCCGUCACCGUCAUCGAGACUCCCCCGAUGGUCGCCGUCGGUGUCGUUGGCUACGUCGAGACCCCCCGCGGUCUCCGCUCGCUCACCACCGUCUGGGCCGAGCACCUCUCCGACGAGGUCAAGCGCCGCUUCUACAAGAACUGGUACCGCUCCAAGAAGAAGGCCUUCACCAAGUACGCCAAGAAGCACUCGGAGAACAGCGGCUCGUCGAUCACCCGCGAGCUCGAGCGCAUCAAGAAGUACUGCUCGGUCGUCCGUGUCCUUGCCCACACCCAGAUCCGCAAGACCGGCCUCAAGCAGAAGAAGGCCCACCUCAUGGAGAUCCAGGUCAACGGUGGCUCGGUCGCCGAGAAGGUCGACUUCGCCAAGGAGCACUUCGAGAAGACGUUCGACGUCUCGUCGGUCUUUGUCCAGAACGAGACCAUCGACAUCAUCGCCGUCACCAAGGGUCACGGUUACGAGGGUGUCACCGCCCGUUGGGGCACCAAGAAGCUGCCGCGCAAGACCCACCGUGGUCUCCGCAAGGUCGCCUGUAUCGGUGCCUGGCACCCGGCCAACGUCAUGUUCACCGUGGCGCGCUCGGGUCAGGACGGUUACCACCACCGUACCGAGAUUGGCAAGAAGAUCUACCGCAUCGCCAACGGCAGCGACGAGACCUCGGCCUCGACCGACUUCGACACGACCAAGAAGGGCAUCACCCCUCUCGGCGGCUUCCCCCACUACGGUGUCGUCAACCAGGACUUUGUCAUGAUCAAGGGCUCGUGCCCCGGUGUCAAGAAGCGUGUCCUCACCCUCCGCAAGUCGCUCCAGGUCCACACCUCGAGGAAGGCCCUCGAGAACGUCUCGCUCAAGUGGAUCUCGACCUCGGCCACCAACGGUCACUCGUCGUGGCAGACCAAGGCCGAGAAGGAGAACUUCCUCGGCGUCCGCAAGAUCAAGGCCCCCACCGCCUAA